UUGAACCACAAACAAUCAAAAUGGCGAGUGAAAAAUUCUCGUGUAUUAAAGAUUACGAAGAAUACGCUUCCGUCCACCUGCCUAAAGAUAGUAGAUUAUACACUAACUCCGGGGCGGAUGCGGAGGUGACGAUGCGGGACAAUCAAGCGGCAUUCGAAAGAUGGCGCCUCAGACCCCGUUAUUUGGUCGAUGUUUCGUUCAGGGCGACCGCUGGAACGAUACUUGGUCACAAAGUAGACUUCCCUGUGGGCAUAUCACCAACCGCCUUCCAUAGACUCGCCCAUCCCGAUGGCGAAGCUGCCGUUGCUAGAGCUGCCCAGGACAUGAAUACAAUAUACAUCAUGAGUACAACCGCAACCAGCAGCAUAGAAGAAAUAGCCCGAGUGGCUCCAAAUGGCAUCAACUGGUUCCAACUUUACAUACCACACGAUCGCACCUUAGCAGAAGACAUGAUUCUGCGCGCGCAGAAGGCGGGGUUCAAGGCGUUGGUCUUAACGAUUGAUACCCCUGAUACUGGUAAGAAGAGAAUCAAUGUCCGUGAGCCAAUCAACUGGCCGAAGCAUUUAAAGUUAGGGAAUUUUCGUGAGGAUCAGGUAGAUGGUAUUUCGAGUUCUGUAACUAAAGGUGUACCUACUGGCGGUCAGUUCACAGAAAAAUUAACUUGGAAGGAUUUGGAUUGGUUGAAAAAAAUCACCAAUUUGCCAAUCAUCGUGAAGGGCAUAAUGACCGGCGAAGAUGCGGAGCUAGCUGUCCAAUAUGGUGUCUCGGCAGUGUUUGUUUCGAAUCACGGUGGCCGGCAGCUGGAUGGCUGCUUAGCAACGAUCGACGUUCUGCCAGAGAUUGUGAGAGCUGUGCGAGGUCGCGUGGAGGUGUACCUUGACGGCGGGGUCAGACAUGGUGCUGAUGUCCUGAAGGCUCUAGCGCUCGGUGCGACCGCCGUGUUCAUGGGGAGGCCGAUCAUCUGGGGGCUAUCCUACAACGGUUAUCAGGGUGUCCGUCAAGUUCUCUCGAUUAUGAAGGAAGAGAUUCAUCUAGCGUUGGCACUAACAGGUUGUUUGACCCCACAGUCCAUCAAAUCUGACCAGGUCGUACACGUGACACAAGUGCAUCAGUCAAGGCUCUGAUUGAACACCAACACAAUCAGUCCACCAACAAGGCGUUGUUGCCAUUGACACUUGUGGCCACUGCUAUGAGUCUGCAAGUGACAGUCCUACGGUAAUAGUCCGCGCUAUCCCCGCGGGAGGUCCCCACCAAUUAACCCAGCUGGCGCUUGUGUGGAGGAUGAGGUGGAGAGAGGAAAACCACAAACAACUCGCUGUUAAUCCAUAUACAUGUAUGUACACGUUAUUAUGGACCACGUUGAAAUAAAGGUUCCGAUUACCAAAACAUGAUUGCCUGAAAUUGG